GUUUUUCGGUUGCGGCAGCCUGUGGCAGAGCCGGCCGCGGUCGGGCUGAGACGCGGGGAGUAAUGGCGACCUUUGUGAGCGAGCUGGAGGCGGCCAAGAAGAACUUGAGCGAGGCCCUCGGGGACAACGUGAAGCAAUACUGGGCUAACUUGAAGUUGUGGUUCAAGCAGAAGAUCAGCAAAGAAGAGUUUGACCUUGAAGCUCAUAGACUUCUCACGCAGGAUAAUGUCCAUUCCCACAACGACUUCCUCCUGGCUAUUCUUACGCGCUGUCAGAUUCUGGUGUCUACACCAGAGGGCGCUGGAUCUUUACCCUGGACGGGAGGUUCUGCCGCUAAACCUGGAAAACCAAAGGGAAAGAAAAAGCUUUCUUCUGUUCGCCAGAAAUUUGACCAUAGAUUCCAGCCUCAAAACCCCCUCUCGGGAGCCCAGCAGUUUGUGGCCAAGGAUCCGCAAGAUGACGACGACUUGAAACUGUGUUCCCACACCAUGGUGCUCCCCACGCGGGGUCAGCUCGAAGGGAGGAUGAUCGUGACUGCCUACGAGCACGGGCUGGACAAUGUCACGGAGGAGGCUGUCUCUGCUGUGGUCUGUGCGGUGGAGAAUCACCUCAAAGAUAUAUUGACAUCGGUUGUGUCAAGAAGGAAAGCUUAUCGCUUACGUGAUGGUCAUUUUAAAUACGCCUUUGGUAGCAAUGUCACCCCGCAGCCGUACCUGAGGAACAGUGUCGUGGCCUACAGCAGCUUGAUAGAAAGUCCUCCAGCCUUUUCCGCUCCCUGUGCGGGUCACAACCCGGCAUCGCACCCGCCCCCUGAUGACGCCGAGCAGCAGGCCGCACUCCUGCUGGCAUGCUCCGGGGACACUCUGCCUGCGUCUUUGCCUCCAGUCAACAUGUAUGACCUUUUUGAAGCUUUACAGGUACACAGAGAGGUCAUCCCCACACACACCGUGUACGCUCUCAACAUCGAAAGGGUCAUCAUGAAACUCUGGCACCCAAAUCACGAGGAGCUGCAGCAAGACCGAGUCCACCGCCAGCGCCUCGCAGCCAAGGAGGGGCUUCUGCUCUGCUGAAAUCGGGGCCGCUCGAGGGGAUGGGAGCCUCCACAAAUGCGUUGGUCAUCGAGAAUUGAAUGUUUUUUGGGUCCACAUUUCAAGACUGAAGUGUGAAGUGUAAAUAUAACCUUUCCUAUGGAAACGUG